AUGCAGUUCGAGGCAGGUAACAAGGUCUUCCUGAAGGUCACACCGAUGAGGGGUGUGUUUCGUUUUGGGAAGAAAGGGAAGUUGCAACCAUGCUUCAUUGGUCCCUUUGAGAUCCUAGACCGAGUCGGCAACUUUGCCUAUCUGUUGGCUAUGCCACCGGAGCUUUCAGGUGUGCACGACGUGUUUUAUGUCACGAUGUUGAGGAGAUACGUGCAUGACCCCGAGCAUGUGGUUAACUUUAACGAGUUGCACGUCGGGCAAAACCUAACGUACGAGGAGGUACUAGUAGAUGUCUUGGACCGGAAGGUCGACCAGCUGAGGAACCGGAGGGCAAUACUCGUCAAAGUCCAGUGGAGCUGCCACGACGAGGCCGACGUGACCUGGGAGAGCGACGCAGACGACAGAACCGACUCUACCACCGAUUGUCAACUUCUUGACCUUCGUAGCCACCACGCAACGGCGACAAUUGACAUCAACAGCGAGAGCACCGGGAGUGCUUCAGAAACAUCGUCGGCUAAGAAAAAAACGACCGGCAACGCAGAGGCUCAUUCAGUGAUUAAAAUAGCCCGCCAUGGCGUCGCCAUGGCGCGAGAUAUGGAUAUGGAGGACAAUAGUAAAAAGGACAUUGCUUGGAAGUAUUUGAAGAGGGAUCCCACAAAUAUACAUGCAUUUACUUGCAAUUUUUGUGGGAUCACGUACAAAGGUGGAGUCUCAAGAAUGAAACAACAUUGGGUUGGAGGCUUUCCAAAUGUCUUACGAUGUUCAAAAUGCCCGGCGGAAGUUCGUGUAGAAGUAAAAGAAUACAUGGAAAUGAAAAAGAAACAAACGGAGCAUAGAAGAUGUGUAGUAGACAUUGAUGAAGUAGUUGAUUUGGAUGAUUAUGAUGUCGAAGAAGAAGAAAUUGUUCCCAUGAAGGCUCAAACUCCAAGGAAUCUAUCCUCCUCCGCAUCCACUCAAGGUUUCAACAUGAAGAAAACUCAAUUUCAAUUCAAGAGGCCAAAAGCAAAAGGAGCUAUUGAUUGCUAUUUUACACCCGAUGCCGAAGUUGCCGUGGAAAAUCGAAAGAGCAAAGGAAAGCAACCAAGAAUAGAUGAAAAUUCGCCCUAUCGAGAAGAGUUGAGGAAGAGAGCUUAUGAAAAGAUUGCAAGGUUCCUAUAUGAAGCCGCGGUCCCUCUUAAUGUGGUCAAUUGUCCGGCUUUUGGGCCUAUGAUUGAGGCCGUUGGAAAUUAUGGUUUCGGGUUGCCGCCGCCGACGUACUCUCAAGUAAGAGGCCCGUUGCUUAAGAAUGAAAAAGAGCACGUGAUGAAGAUGAUGAAAGAGCACGAGCUAUCUAGAGCACAAUACGGGUGCACAUUGAUGUGUGAUGGGUGGACCGAUCGGCGGAAUCGGACUUUGAUAAACUUUUUGGUGAACUCUCCUCGUGGCACCGUGUUCCUUCACUCUGUUGAUGCUUCGAGCUAUGCAAAGGAUGCAAGGAGAAUUCAAGACUUGUUGGAGACUUACAUUGAAGCCAUUGGAGAAGAAAAGGUUCAAAUUGUAACCGAUAGUGCGGCGGCAAACAAAUUGGCCGGGCAUUACUUGGAGGGGAAGUAUCCACAUUUGUAUUGGAGUCCUUGUGCCGCACAUUGCCUCGACUUGAUGUUAGAAGAUAUUUUCAAAAUUCCUUAUCUUCAAAGGACAUAUGAGAGGGCUCUCCGAGUGCACGGCUACAUCUACAAUCGUCCCACUUUGUUGAACAUGAUGCGGCACUUUACACAAAAGAAAGAUUUGGUGAAGCCGGCAAAAACCCGUUUUGCAACGGCAUUUUUGACUUUGCAAAAAUUUCUUGUUCACAAGGCUAAUUUGCGAAAAAUGUUUGUGUCCGACGAUUGGACUAAAAGCAAAUGGGCGAAAGAGGAACAAGGCAAGAAGGUCGCCGAGAUUAUGAUGAUGCCAUCCUUUUGGACCAAUGUGACGAUUGCUUUGAAAUUUGCUUCUCCUCUUGUUGGUGUGCUUCGGAUUGUAGAUGGUGAGGAAAAGCCCCCGGUGGGAUAUAUUUAUGAGGCGAUGGAUAGGGCCAAGGAAGCCAUUGCAUCCGCAUUUCAAGGUGUCCAAAGCAAGUAUCAAGAGGUGUAUGAUAUUAUUGAUCGAAGGUGGAAUGUUCAAUUACAUCGACCUUUGCAUGCGGCGGGUUUUUUCUUGAAUCCGGAGUUCUUCUACAAAGACCCGGAGUGUUGUGGAGCUUCUUCGGAGAUUUAUAGAGGCUUGUACGAGUCCAUCCAAAGGUUGGUUCCAAGUAUUGCAACACAAGAUCAAAUUUGUGAUGACUUGGACAAAUAUCGGAAUGCCGAGGGUCUCUUUGGUUUGCCUAUGGCGGUUAGGCAAAGAGCUACAAGGACACCGACAAAUUGGUGGGCGGCGUAUGGCUCCAAUACACCCGAUUUGCAAAAAUUUGCUAUCAAGGUGUUGAGCCUCACUUGUAGCUCGUUCGGAUGUGAGAGGAAUUGGAGUGUUUUUGAGCACAUUCUUUCGAAGAAAAGAAACAAAUUGGAUCAUGAUCGACUUAAUGACUUGGUGUUUAUCAAGUACAAUAGGGCAUUGCAACGCCGGUACUUGAGGGGAAAAAUUGAUCCUAUUGCCUUGAAAGACAUUGAUGAAAGCAAUGAAUGGUUGGUGAGUGCUAGAGAAGAAGAAUAUGUGUUUCAAAAUGAGGAUUUAACUUGGGAUAACGUUGCUACGGCCGCCGGGGUUGAGGAGCCGAGAAAUAGAACUAGAUCAACUGGAAAGAAGUCGGUUUCUAACGCAUCAUCUUCAUCAUUUAGGCUUGUAGAUGAAGAUUGUGAAUGGAAUGAUGAUGUUAUCAACGAUGAUGCGGAAGAAGAGGAUGUGGAUGGAUAUAAGUUGGAUGAUGAUGUCGCCGCGGUCGAAGAACUUUCCCUCGACUAG